AUGAAUAACCAAAAUACGAUAGUAUAUGUUCGACUUAAGGGGAAAACACCUCCUGGUGGGUUAAAGGUAUCUAAACCAUUCGAAUGGAAUGCUAAGAAAGAUGACCAACUAUGGCAGAUAGUUUCUUCAAAAGAAGCUGAAACACAGGAACUCGAUGUUAAUUGGGAACAGCUAGGUCAAAUAUUUGAAGACGUUCCUGAAAAGUACUUAAAACAAAGGACGUACUCAUUGAUUUCGAGCAAACUGAAGAAACUUGAUCAUCUAAAGCAAAAGGUAAAUAAAAUAAUAGAUUCAAAGGGCUCUAAAAUUAUAGAUUUGGAAGCACAAAGAACAAAUCUACAAAUUAGUCAGUACAUAAGUAAUAAAAACAUUGUCGACCAUCAAGAAGAAAUACCUGCAGAUGAAGUUUCUGAAAGUAAACAUGGAAUGAAAACAAAUUCAGCUAAUAGCUCAUUGAAUGGAGCUAUGUAUAUGCAUUAUAUGAAUGAGGAUAAACUGGAUAAAGAUGAUAUGUAUGGUGAAGUUAUUAGUAAACUUCAAACUUCAAAAAUUCUUGAAAAUAACUUCCCUAUUAAAUUUAAAAACAAGCUAAAGUUAGAAGAUUCAGGUAGUAUAUUUGAAAAUGAGAAUGAAAUAUCGUCCAGUUUAAGUGUUAGUGCAUCUGCUUUGGAAGAAGCAUUAUUGGACAGGCUGCCAUCAAAUAUCAACGAUACAUAA